UUUUAGUCCGUGACAAUAGGAUAAAUUUGUUGUCCUAUAACAAUAAAUCUAGAAAGCUAAUAAAUUAAUUUGGAUGAGGGUAAUAAGCACCGAUGAAUAUGCAAUUUAUAUCCGAAUGUACUUUUGGAAUAUUUAAUUAGUGUUUAUGAUCCACGUAUAUCAGUUUUAAUUAAGUCUCCUAACGAUAAAACAUGUGUGUUUGGAUUCCUGCUGAUUAGAUUCAAAUCUGUCGAGGCUGACGGUCGUCCAUCGGCACGGACCGUGCUCGCCGCUCCAGAUGGAUGCAAAACCGUCGCACGAGCAAAUCAUUAUCAGCGACCGAGCUCGAGUCGACUCGCUCCAAAAUCGUCUUUCUACCGCAUCCAACAUUGCGGCCGGCAGAGGCGGCUUGCGGGCCGUGUCGAUUCCUGCUCACACUGGCGACUUCGUUCGCAGUGGCAACUACAUCGUGAAUGUGGGCAUCGGAACACCUAAACAGGACUUCUCCGUGGAAUUCGACACCGGCAGCGACCUCUCCUGGAUCCAGUGCAAGCCCUGCAACCGUUGUUACCCACAAAACGACCCACUUUUCGACCCGGCCAAAUCAUCCACGUAUAGCAGCAUCUGCUGUGGCUCAGCUGAGUGCGCCGCCCAACCCAACCCGCCCAGCUGCUCAGGCGACCGAGCGUGCCGCUACCAAGUCGACUAUGCAGAUAAGUCAAGGUCCUCAGGCAACUUCAGCCGCAACACGCUGACUCUGAGCCCCCGGGACCAACUGCCGAACUUUAGGUUCGGCUGCGGCGACCACAACAGAUGGUUUUUCGGCCAGGCUGCCGGACUGAUCGGCUUAGGCCGCGGCGCGUCCUCGCUGAUCUCGCAAGCCUCGCAAAAGUACGGAGCGAUCUUUUCCUACUGCCUUCCGUCAAUCGCGAGCUCGACUGGCUACCUGUCAGUCGGCAGUACAGGCAGCGCGCCGGCCGGCAUACGAUACACGCCGAUGAUACGCGAAGCGAGCGAUUCGUCAUUGUACUACGUAAAACUCGUGGCGAUCAAAGUCGGAGGCAAGAAACUAGAUAUAAAGCAGAAGGUGUUCUCAAAAGCCAGGACGCUGAUGGACUCCGGGACGGUGAUCACCAGACUGCCACCGGCCGCGUACUCUGCGAUGCGCGCGGUGUUCCGCCGGCACAUGGUGAACUACACGGCGGCACCAGCGUUUCAGAUACUGGACACGUGCUACAAUCUGGGCGGGCACAAGGUGGUGAAGGUGCCGGCGGUGGAGCUGGUGUUCGACGGCGGAGCGAGCCUCAAUCUGGACUUGGACGGGAUAAUGAUGGCCGACCCAUCGCAAGCAUGUUUAGCAUUUGCUGGAAACAGUAACGACCAACAACUGAGCAUUAUCGGAAACACGCAGCAGAUGAAGUUCACUGUGGUGUAUGAUAUCUCUAAUCAACGGAUUGGGUUUGGCGCCAAAGGUUGUUCCUGAUUACUUAGCGACAAAUUGCACGGAAAAUGAUCUUUGUAUUUUACAGGCGAUAAUAAUAAUAAUAAGGG